AUGCCUGAUGUUCAGCCUCAGUUUCACGACUCGGAAGAGUAUCCUCGCCCCGAUUUCCAGCGCUCGGGAUCGCGCUGGCUGUCGCUCAACGGCCCCUGGGACUUUCUCUUUGACGACGACGACGUCGGCUUAACGCUCCGCUGGCAGCAGUCCGGCCUGCCAUCCGAAGUCGCCGUCAAGAAGACGCUCGCAAAGAGCGAGGCAGAGAACCAGUCCGAAAGCGACGCCAUCACGCAGCGCAUCGCCGCCGGCACGCAGGACCUCCUCAAGAACAACGUCUUCACGCGGGGCUCCUCCGCCGCCGCCGCCCACCACAAGCGCCCCAUCACCGUGCCCUUCGUGUUCCAGUGUCCCGCCUCGGGCAUCAACGAGCGCGGCAUCCACGAAGUGCUCUGGUACGAGCGCGCCAUUGCGGAUCUGCGCAACGCCAGCGAGCGCGACGAGGGCCGUCGGGUGCUACUCAGGUUCGGCGCCGUCGACUACGAGGCGUCUGUUUGGCUCGACGGGAGCCUCGUCGGGAGCCACCGCGGGGGGCAUGUCCCCUUCCAGCUGGACAUCACCGACGUGCUGGACGCACAGAGCCGUGACACGCAUCGGCUGACGGUCCGGGUGUAUGAUUCGGCCCACGACUUGACGCAGCCGCGGGGGAAGCAGUACUGGGGGGCGCAGCCCGAGAGCAUCUUUUACACGCCCUCGGGAGGCAUCUGGCAGUCUGUGUGGCUGGAGGUGGUGCCGGCGGCCCGAAUUGCGGACAGCAGCCACGGCACUGUGGUUCGGUCGAAUGACAUCCAUGCGGGAGACGUCUAUUUCGACAUUGCGGCACAAGGCUUGCAAGCGGGCCACAAAUACGUCGUUGAGGCGGACAUUAGUUUUGCAGGCCAGCUGGUCUCCCAGUCUUCCAAGGUGGAUGUGAAAGAGGCAUCGGGCAAGUUUCGUCUGAGUGCUCGGCUGUCCAAGGAAAACAUUGCUGCUCUCGCCGAAUCGGUGCUUCAAAAUGCACCCCUGGAUGAUGCUUCCUGCUGGCGGGAUGGUGUCGCUCUUUGGUCACCGGAGCAUCCUCAGUUGUAUGACGUCUCGAUCAGGCUCUUUGAUUCGUUUUCAGGGAGACAAGUUGACGAAAUCAAGACAACCACGGGCAUGCGAUCCAUCCAAUGGUCUGACGGUCUGUGGAGGCUGAACGACGCUCCUUACUUCCAGAUGUUGAAUCUGGACCAAGGCUAUUGGCCAGAAUCCUUCUUGACUCCCGAGUCCUCUCACAGCCUAGAAGCAGAUAUUGAAUGCGCCAAGAAGAUGGGCUUCAAUGGCUGUCGAAAGCAUCAAAAGGUUGAGGAUCCACGGUUUUACUACUGGGCAGACCGAAAGGGAUAUCUGGUCUGGGGUGAAAUGGCGAGCGCCUAUCAGUUUAGUCGGGAAUACGUUGAUCGUUUCAACCAGGAAUGGACAGAGUCUGUCAAGCUGGCAAUCAACCAUCCCUCAGUGGUGACUUGGACGCUGGUGAAUGAGAGCUGGGCGUAUACUUCGCUCAAGGAUGACGUUGAGCAACGCAAUCACAUUCGCUCUCUCUAUUAUCUAACCAAGACAUUGGAUCCCACGCGGAGCAUCAACGACAAUUGCGGCUGGGAGCACGUUUGCACCGAUCUUACCACCUUUCAUGACUAUAGCGAUGCCCCAGAACUAGAAAAGACGUGUGCAAGUCUGGACGCCAUUCUUGGUCCAAAAGCCGGGCGAGACAUGUUUGUGGGCGAAAUCGCAAACGCAGACAAGGGCGCUGCUCACAACCCAACCGCGCCAAUCAUCUGCACCGAGCUUGGUGGAAUCAACAUUGCCUUGGCAAAGACGGAUGCCGAUGGCGAGGAGUCUCGCGACUGGGGAUACACCACCGCUACUGAUCCUGAUGACCUCUUGAAGAGGAUAGAGAGGAUGGUCAAGGGUGUUGCUGGAGGUGGCCAUUGCUGCGGAUUUGUUUAUACACAGCUGACGGACAUUGAGCAGGAGACGAAUGGGCUUUAUUCACAGACUCGGUGCGAGAAGUUGGAUGCGGCAAAGGUUAAGGCGGUUUUUGAGGAGGCAGCGCAGAUUUUCUAUAAGCGGGUUAACGCGUGA